GGAAACGGUGCGGGAAUCCCGCGCAUGCGGGCAGUGGCGAGGAGACCCCGGCGGGUCGGCAGCAGCAGACCACGAGGUUCUGGUGACCAGAGACCAACCCGGUCAGCGGAAUAGAAACAGAAAAACGCUGGAAAUACUCAGAGGGUGUCAUUGAUGGAGGAUUCACAGGCACAAAGCUCAAACCAAACAGCAUGCCGUGACCUUCAAGGGUCUCUCAAUCCACAGGGAUCUGAACUUCAGCAGCCUUUGGACGUGGAAGCAGAAAGCUCCAUUCACAGCGGGGAGAGAUGGUUUGCGGGUUCUGAGUGUGGUCAAGGCUUCAGUCAAGCACCCGGACUGACGAGGCACCAGAUCAGUCACACUGGGGAGAAACCAUGGAAAUGUGAGGACUGUGGGAAGAGAUUCAUUUACCCAUCCUAUCUGGAAACACACCGCCGCAGUCACACCGGGGAUAGGCCGUUCAUCUGCUCUAAGUGUGGGAAGGGAUUCACUCAGUCAUCACACUUGCAGAACCACCAGCGAGUUCACAGUGGGGAGAGGCCGUUCACCUGCUCAAUCUGUGGAAAAAUAUUCUCUCGGUCACACAACCUUCGUACGCACCAACGGGUGCACACGGGGGAGAGACCGUUCACCUGCCCUGUCUGUGAGAAGGGAUUCACUCAGUCAUCCAUUCUGAUGAAACACCAGCGACUUCACACCGGGGAGAGGCCGUUCACCUGCUCUGAGUGUGGGAGGGGAUUCAGUCAGUGUUCCGACCUGCAAAAACACCAGGGAAUUCACACUGGAGAGAGGCCGUACACCUGCUCCGAGUGUGGGAAGGGAUUUACUCGGUCAGACAGCCUGGUGAUACACCAGCGAGUUCACACUGGGGAGAGACCAUUCACCUGCUCUGAAUGUGGGAAGGGAUUCAUUCAGUCAUCCGAUCUGCUGAUACACCGGCGAGAUCACACUGGGGAGAGAUUGUUCACCUGCUCCGAGUGUGGGAAGGGAUUCAAUCGGUCAUCCGAGCUGCAGAAACACCAGCGAGUUCACACUGGGGAGAAGCCAUUCACGUGCUCUGUGUGUGGGAAAGGAUUCACUCAGUCAUCCAACCUAAAAACCCAUCAGCGAGUUCACACUGGGGAGAGGCAGUUCACCUGCUCCGAAUGUGGGAAGGGAUUCACCCAUCUAUCCAACCUGCGGAAUCACCAGCGAGUUCACACUGGGGAGCGACCAUUCACCUGUCCCGUGUGUGGGAAGGCAUUUACCCAACAAUCCAGCCUGUGGAAUCACCAGCGAGUUCACACUGGGGAGAGGCCAUUCACCUGCUCCGAGUGUGGGAAGGGAUUCAGUAGGUCAUCCAGUCUGCAGAAUCACCAGCGAGUCCAUGAAGGCAUGGCGGCCGUAAGUACCCAGAAACCCCUCGGCGAAGAAAGCUGCCUAUGCCGGCUGAAGGACCCGAGAGCGCAUGCGCGGACGCCGGGGCCUGGGCGUGACGUCACGACGAUGGGCGGCGGCGACCUGCGGCGCCGACGCUCCUCUCCCCCCAGGCGGCGGACGGGCGGCGGGCCGCCACACCGGCGACCGAUUCGGCCUGUUCGCAUCCCGGGCCCGGGGGCGGCGCGGCUUUGUCCCGCCAGCCCUCCCAGCGUGCCCCGUGGGGCCGAUACAGCGGUUUCUGAACCGCGGGGGAUUGUGGGUGGGAAGGCGGCCAUUGCUCCCGCCGCCGCCAAUCUGUCCUGUUGGUUUCCAUUGAUCCAGGGCCCUGAGAACAACCCAGCACAUCCUACUGGUGAUAAACUGCUCCAAGUGUUCAAAGAAUUCGCUAUGUCUUCUGAUCCACUGAGGCAGCAACAGGGUCAAAUCAGGGAGAAAUCAUUCACUUGCUUAGUGUGUGGGAAGGGAUUCACUCGGUCGUCCCACCUGCUGACACACCACCGAGUUCACACCGGGGAGAGGCCGUUCGUCUGCUCUGAGUGCGGGAAGGGAUUUACUCUGUCGUCCCACCUGCUGACACACCAGCGAGUUCACACCGGGGAGAGGCCGUUCACCUGCUCUAAAUGUGGGAAGGGAUUCACUCAGUUAUCCAGCUUGUUGAAGCAUCAGCGAGUUCACACCAGAGAGAGGCCGUUCACCUGCAGUCAGUGCGGGAAGGCAUUCACUCAGUCAUCCCAUCUGCUGACGCACCAGCGAGUUCACACUGGAGAGAAGCUGUUUAACUGCUCCGAGUGCGGGAAGGGAUUCACACGGUCAUCCAAUCUGCUGACACACCAGCGGGUUCACACUGGAGAGAGGCUGUUGACUUGCUCAGAGUGCGGGAAGGAGUUCACUAAGUCGUCCCACCUGCUGAAGCACCAGCAAAUUCACACCGGGGAGAGGCCGUUCAUCUGCUCCGAGUGCGGGAAGGGGUUUGCCCAGUCGUCCAACCUACUGAUGCACCAGCUGGUCCACACCGGGGAGAGGCCGUUCACCUGCCCCGAGUGCGGGAAGGGAUUCGCUCAGUCGAGAUACCUGGUGAAACACCAGCGGGUUCACACCGGCGAGAGGCCAUUCACCUGCUCCGAGUGCGGGAAGGGCUUCACUCGCUCGUCCAACCUGGUGAUGCACCGGCGGGCUCACACCGGGGAGAGGCCUUUCACCUGCUUGGAGUGCGGGAAGGGAUUCAUUCAGUCGUCCCAUCUGCUGAGACACCAGCGGAUUCACACUGGGCAGAAAAACCUGUUUCACGUUGUGGAUGCCGCAGGGAAAAAAAACAAUGGGAUUGAUAUUCCAAUUCGCAGGAAUAACCUCGGAGCACGAGGAGGAAGGAUCACAGCCGGUAGAGGUCAUGAGUUUGGAAGGUGCUGUCCGAGGAGUCUUGACGAGUUGCAGCAGUUGGUACAAACUGCUGCUACCCUGCGUCGGCGGCGGAGUGACGAAUGGUUGCAGGUGGUGUGGAUAUUAAGCAGGCUCUACGUCCUGUCUGGUGUCAAGCUUCCCGAGUGUGGUUGGAGCCAGGGGAAGCAGCGAUUCACUUGCACUUCUUCCAAUCCACUCACUGCAUUCGGUGCCCACAGUGUGGCCUCCUCUAUACUGGAGGAACCCAACACAGUCAUAAACUUCACAGGGCAGUGCAGUUUAUAUGCAAGAGCGCGAGUGGAGAAGCAGGGAUUUGCGCCAGGUUCCAGGCAUCGCAUCAAGCAGCCCAAAUGGAUGCCUUUUUUUGAAGGGCGGCAGUCAUUGCACGUGGAAAGAUUUGGGAGAGCUGAGGCCGAGAACGGCGUUUUUUUCUACCAGGCAACCGCCCCGCUUCCUUUCAUGGAGGCCACGAUUAACCAGAAAUCCCUUCGGCCGAGAAUGUCCCCUACCGACGUGCGAGGAAGCGAGAGCGCAGGCGCGUACCAGCGAAACAGCCGCCGGCAGCCCCGCUGUGGGUCGGAGCCCGCGGUCCGCCCCGCCGCCCACCGGGCCCGGGAUUUUCCUGGUGUCCGCAGGCCCGACGCGAGGGGCGCUCCGGCGGCCGGGAUGCGCAUGCGCCUUGUCCCCGCAGCCGCGGGAGCGGAGCGGUUUCGGGCGCGUGAGGGAUUGUGGGUAGCCGGGCGGCCAUUGACAGGCGAACUCACCAGCACCUCUUGGACGUUCAUCAUCAUCGAGUCGUGGGAAGGACCCACGAUGUCAUCUGAUCUGAUGAGACACCAGCCGGUUUGUACCAGAAAGAGAUCGUUCACCUGUUCCGUGUGUGGGAAGGGAUACAGUGCUCCGUCUAGCCUGAUGACGCACCAGCGGGUUCACACCGGGGAGAGGGCAUUCACCUGCUCUGACUGCGGGGAGGGAUUCACACACUCGUCGAGCUUGGUGAAAAGCCAGCGAGUCCACGCCGGGGAGAGGCCGUUUAUCUGCUCCGAGUGCGGGAAGGGAUUCACUUGGUCGUCCAGCCUGGUGACUCACCAGCGGGUUCACACCGGGGAGAGGCCGUUCACCUGCUCCGAGUGCGGGAAGGGAUUUACCCAGUCGUCCAGCUUCUGUACUCACCAGCAGGUUCACACCGGGGAGAGGCCGUUCACCUGCUCUGUCUGUGGGAAGAGGUUCAACCAUCCAUCUAACUUGCAGAGGCACCUGCGACUUCACACCGGGGAGAGGCCGUUCACCUGCUCCGAGUGCGGGAAAGGGUUCACUCAGUCAUCCCAUCUGCAGGAGCACCGACGAGUCCACACCGGGGAGAAGCCAUUCACAUGCUCUGAGUGCGGGAAGGGAUUCACUCGGUCAUCGCACCUGCAGGAGCACAGACGAGUUCACACCGGGGAGAAGCCGUUCAUCUGCUCUGAGUGCGGGAAGGGAUUCACUCAGUCGUACAGCCUGAUGAUACACCAGCGGGUUCACACCGGGGAGAGACCAUUCACCUGCUCCGAGUGUGGGCAGGGAUUCAGUCGGUCAGACAGCCUGGUGAUACACCUGCAAGUUCACUCCGGGGAGCGGCCGUUCACCUGCUCCCAGUGUGGGAAAGGAUUUAUUCAGUUAUCGGACCUGAAGACGCACCAGCGGGUUCACACCGGGGAGAGGCCAUUCAUCUGCUCCGAGUGUGGGAAGGGAUUCACUCAGUCGUCCAGCCUGAGGACGCACCAGCGGGUUCACACCGGGGAGAGGCCGUUCUCCUGUUUCAGGUGUGGGAAGAGAUUCACUCAGUCAGCCGGUCUGUGGAAGCACCAGCGAGUCCACAAGUGACCGCAGCAGCCGGAGUCUCCUGCUGUUACUCCUGAUAAUAUAACCAGGGUUGGACUGUGGUCACUGGCCCAGCCUGGGCUCCUUCUGCUGACGUUUACAGUCACUGUAGCUGGGCUGGAGUUUAAUGUUCUUCACAAAUGCUGAAUAAAUUGUCUUGAUCUUGAA